UGACAGUUCCACUCCGUUUAUGUAAUAUGACAGUUAUACGUCAAAGUUUCAGCUAAAACAUAUUUAAAUUUCAAUAUUAAUGGCUGCAUUCAGAAACCAGCAGUUCUACAAACUACUCAGGCCAAUGGUUACUAUCAGAAGAACGAAUGCGCUUCAAGCAAAAAACAAGAACUCACCUACGAAGGUGAAUAUCGAAGACAAAGUUGCCGUAAUAACAGGAGGUGCUUCGGGAAUAGGCUUCGAAAUAGCCAAAGAAUUCCUCAAGGCAGGCAUGUCCGCUCUAACUAUAAUAGACAACGACAAGAAGAAGUCGGAGGAAAGUUUAAAAAUACUUUCCGACGAAUUCGGGGAGGAAAAAAUCCUGCUGGUCGAAGCGGACGUCGCAGACACAGACCAGAUGGACGCUGCAUUGAGGAACGCCGUUCUGCACUACCAGACGAUCGACAUAAUAGUCAAUAAUGCGGGAAUAUUGGAUGAUACCAAGUGGGAGCAAGAACUGAGAACCAAUUUGCGGGGUUGUGUUAUCGGUACAUUGCUUGGAAUGCAAUAUAUGGCGAAAUCCAGUUCAGGAGAGGGUGGGACAAUUGUGAACAUCGGGUCGAUAAUGAGUAUCAUUCCGUCAUGUGGGUUCCCCAUUUACACGAUGACCCAGUUUGGGAUUGCCGGU